UAUAGUUCCAUGCGAUGAAUCUCAUUCUUCGCACUCCGCAUCUCAAGCUGCUGCUGUCAGGAUCAAGGCAGAGUGAAACUGAAGAUGGCUGCAGGUAAAGCGCGCAUCGGGCAUCUGGCCCCUGACUUCAAGGCCACAGCAGUCAUGCCAGAUGGACAGUUUAAAGACCUCAGCAUUUCCAACUACAGAGGGAAGUAUGUGGUGUUCUUCUUCUACCCGCUGGACUUCACCUUUGUGUGCCCUACUGAGAUCAUCGCCUUCAGUGACGCUGCCGAGGAGUUCAGGAAGAUCGGCUGCGAGGUCAUUGGUGCCUCUGUUGACUCCCACUUCUGCCAUCUUGCCUGGACCAACACACCUCGUAAGCAGGGUGGUCUGGGCCCAAUGAAGAUCCCUCUGGUAGCCGACACACUGCGUUCCAUCUCCACGGACUACGGGGUGCUGAAGGAGGACGAGGGCAUCGCCUACAGGGGCCUAUUCAUUAUUGACGCCAAGGGCCUCUUGAGGCAGAUCACCAUCAACGACCUUCCAGUGGGACGCUCCAUCGACGAGACCCUGCGUCUGGUGCAGGCCUUUCAGUUCACUGACAAACACGGAGAGGUCUGUCCCGCCGGCUGGAAACCAGGAAGUGACACCAUCAAGCCCGACAUCCAGAAGAGCAAAGACUUCUUCUCCAAGCAGCACUAAGACGAUGAGUGUCUGCAGCCUGUUGUAGGACAACUAGAAUUACAGUACAUUUCAAUAGAACAAUAGGCUACUGCUCUUCACUAUCUAUGUGCCUGGGAACUGUAGAACAAUGUCAUCAGCAUCCCAUUAUCUGUCAUGUGUUUAGAUAGAAAUGAUGACCAAAGAAUCUAGAUUAGAUUGUGUUGGAGAGGUUUUAGUGUCAUUAACCAGGUUCCAUCCAACCUUUUUUAUGCGAGUAAAGUACAUGUCGGUUGCAAAAUGUCACGACAGAUCUGAUGGAAACUGUGAAUUUGUCGGUAAACUUUCCAAAUGACGACAAAACAAAAUACGCUAGACAAGGUGGUAUCGUUUUUGUCUGAAAAAUGUAUUAUGAGAGAAAUGGCAGUGGAAAGGCUUUUAUGCACAAAUUUCAAUAGAAUAUAUAUAUUUUAAUUAUUGUCACCAUCCUAUCAAAGUGAACUUGGGAGUCAUGUGAUGACAUGUGUGGUCCUCCCACCACAACUCGGAGAAGCAUGCAGUUUAUUAGGCUACAGAUGAAAUAAGUUAUGAACAUCACAUGGUGGUCAAUAUGUCAGUUGGUGAGCUUGAUGCUCCUUUCCAAUAAAUAUUGAGGGUCUUA